CGUGAUAGAUAUCAACCAAUCGCAGCCGUCUUGUUCACCAGUGCUAACCAAAAUGGCGGCCUGUUUGGGAAGGUUACUGCACUCGUCUGGAAAUUUGCUACGAAAUGGGGCUCAUUUAAAGCGUCAGGCUCUCCAUACUAGUGCGAGAGUGCUUUGUUCCAAUGCGUCAGGUGGACUGACUACCAUACGGCCCCAGGAUGAAGUGAUGAGAAACCAGCUGACAGUGUUUGGGGAGUAUGUGGCCGAAUGUCUCCCCAAGUACGUGCAGACAGUCCAGGUUACCAGCCAAAAUGAACUCGAGGUGUUGAUCUCACCAGAGGGAGUGGUUCCUGUCCUGUCCUUCCUGAAGGACCACCACAAUGCCCAGUUCAAGUCCCUGGCUGACAUUGCAUGUGUGGACAUGCCCACCAAGCCAUACAGAUUUGAGCUGGUGUACAUGCUCAUGUCCCUCACCUACAACUCCCGCAUCCGGGUCCGCACCUACACCGACGAGAUCACCCCCAUCGAGUCCUGCUACUCGGUCUUCAAGGCAGCUGAUUGGUACGAAAGAGAGGCAUGGGACAUGUACGGGGUGUACUUCUCCAACCACCCUGAUCUGCGGCGGAUUCUCACAGACUACGGGUUUGAGGGCCAUCCAUUCAGGAAGGACUUUCCUCUCAGCGGUUAUGUAGAGAUAAGGUAUGACAAUGAGCUGAAGCGGAUUGUCCAGGAGCCAGUGGAGCUAGCACAGGAGUUCCGCAAGUUUGACCUGUCCAGCACCUGGGAGACGUUUCCAGCACACAGGCAGGGCUCCAAACCGCUCAUGGACACCCAGGGCAGGGGCCACGAGGCACCGCUAGAAGAAAAUCCCACAGAGGAAAAGAAAUAAUGACAAGUGCAUACACAUACUUUAAACACAACUAUAGUGUGAGCAAAAUUUUACCAUGUUGAGUACCUACUCUCUGAUGUGUGUGGAUACUUGCUUAAACAGUGCUUCAACUUGCGUCUAAAUGUGAUGAGGAGCAAAAUUUUGGACAGAAAUUUUCAAAGGGAUAUACUAUUAUGUCUAAAUAUCUGUACCUGCAAAAGGAACUACACAUACAAGUUUCCCGAUCCAACCAAGCAGUGACACAUGUAACUUUGUAGUUGGAUCUAUCACACUUAGAAGACAUGUAAAUAAAGGUGCUCAGAGAGAC